AUGUUUGAACUUCCUGAUGAUGCCACAUCAUUUGACCUUUACCUUUGUGGGGCUUCACUUAGCUCUGUGGGUUUUCCACCUAUAGGCGGAUGCACCGCUAGUACUGUCAAAGGUCUUCUGAGAUCAGAGCUUGAUAGCAAAGUUAUUGAUGAGUCUGAUCUCAAGAAGAUGAAAUUCACCAAUUCCAUCUUUCAUGCGCUCAUCCGAACAUCCUCACUUCAGUCACAACACAUCAACAAGAUCAAGUACCAUAAAAAGGACAUAGGCCCUGCACAAUUGAAGUGGUACUGGUCUGCAGAGUUUGCCAACUCUCCCCUACAAGACCCAUACAACAUGCAUAAGCCAGAUGUAGCCCUGUUCUAUUACAAGAACAAACAUUGGGAACAAACAUGGGCUGACAUCUUGAGCUUCGUGGAAUACACUUCUAGCAACCUCGCUGUAAUGCAUGACUUAGUGGUGUAUUGGGGAUCUGCCACCAAAGUGUACCUUAUCAUACAGGAGCAACCCUGGUGUCGUUUCAUUCUUGCUUACUCUAUUUGCGCAGAUGACCUUCGUGCCCAUUAUUUUGACUGCUUGGGGCUCAUCAUAUCCCUUCCAACCCCAAUCCAUAAAUUUCCCAUACAUGUUACCGAGGCAGUAGCCACAACUGCAUUAGCCAACCCACAGUACUUGGGCCUCGACCCAACCAUCUAUAUGUGCAUCCCUGAUUGUCAGGGUACUCAUUCCUCUCUCGCUGUGGGGGCAAAAGGAUGGGAUUAUGCGAUGAAGGACUGCCGGGUGCCUGAGGCAAAGAGGUAUCAUAAAGUGGAUGUCCUCAAGCGCAUCAAGGGCAUUCCUAAUGUCAUUCAACUCAUUCAUAAUUUCUACCAGCAGUUCGACCCAGAGGAUAGGGAUGAUCACAGGUUCUGCAAUCAAUUUCACCGGUGGAUUGUCAUGACCCCUUGUGAAGAGCCGCUGUCAGAUUUCAGCUCUGGAAAGGAGCUGAUCUGUGCUUUUUGUGACUUUAUCAUUGGUGAGUUCAGUUCAGUUCAACAUGUCAAAUUCAAGUGUAAUGAUGUUACACAUGGAAUUCUACAUGGGGACCUCAGCCCAAACAAUUUCAUCAUCUAUGAGGGUAUUGAGUACUUCAUUGAUUUCAAUCAUGCUGGAUUUAUAGAGAAAGGCAAGGCCUUUAUGAUUUCAUUUGGCACUGGGACCAUCCCAUACAUCUCUAUGUGUGUCCUCAAGAUGAUGUCCAGGAAUGCUGAGACCAUGAAAAAGACUGCUGACACUACUCAGCUGCACCCAAUCGAACACCAUUAUGGGGGGGCACAUGGCAUACUCACACCAACAUGGGAUAAGCUGGCGAUGUCAUGGUCAGACACCUAUGAAAACUUAGGUGCCAGCAGUUUGCUUACCACAUUCUUAUCUAAGAAGAGAGCCAUAUUUGAAGGCGACUUUUUGAUGAACAGAAGUCUCCAAAUAUUUCUCAGAAUUCAGACCUCUAGUUGA